CAACACCCCGCGAAGGAGGAGCCUCGCCGGGCCGUGCUGAAGGCGUCAGGAGCUGCAAUUUCCAACUUAGCAUCUUGGCAGGACCCUUCGGAAAGCGAGAGCGAGGAGGAAGGGGGAAAAAAAAGCCCCCCAGUGCAAGGGGGAGAGAAAGAGAAAGAGAGGAGGGGGGGAGGGAAAGAAGGGAAAGCAAGGGGGGGAGAAAAAGGAGGAAGCGGUGCCCGGCUGCAGGCGAAAGCGGAGCAGCAGCCCCGGCGCAGAGCAAGGUGCCGCCUCUGCCCAGCUGGCGAGGGCGGAGAGGCGCCCGCGAAGCCCCGGCCGCAGCCGCCCCAACCCGGCAGCGCGGCGGCUCCCUCCCGGCGCCUUGGGCUCCCGGGUAUAUGUGCGCGCCUGGCCAUGUCGUAUCCUCAGGGUUACUUGUACCAGCCGUCAGCGUCCUUGGCUCUCUCUUCCUGCCCGGCGUACAGCACCAGCGUGAUCUCCGGACCCAGGACCGAUGAACUUGGGAGAUCUUCUUCGGGCUCCGCUUUUUCCCCUUAUGCCGGAUCUACCGCCUUUACCGCCCCUUCCCCGGGUUACAACUCCCACCUCCAGUACGGCACCGACCCGGCCGCCGCCGCCGCCGCCGCCUUCACUUCCUACGUGGGCUCGCCCUACGACCACACGCCGGGCAUGGCCGGUUCCCUGGGGUACCACCCGUACGCGGCGCCGCUCGGCUCCUACCCCUACGGGGACCCUGCGUACCGCAAGAACGCGACGCGGGACGCCACGGCCACCCUCAAGGCCUGGCUCAACGAGCACCGGAAAAACCCCUACCCCACCAAGGGCGAGAAGAUCAUGCUGGCCAUCAUCACCAAAAUGACCCUCACCCAGGUCUCUACCUGGUUCGCCAACGCGCGGCGACGGCUCAAGAAGGAGAACAAAAUGACUUGGACCCCACGAAACCGCAGCGAGGACGAGGAGGAAGAGGAGAACAUCGACCUGGAGAAAAACGACGAGGACGAGCCCCAGAAACUGGAGGAGAAGGGGGACCCCGGGACUCCGGACACAGGAGCGGUGGAUCCCAAGGCAGCGCCGGGCUGCGAGCGCCUCCAGGAGUCCCCCGGCCCCCGGGAAGCCGAGAGCGGCCUCAGCGACUCGGAUUGCAAAGAGCUAGCGGAGGAACGGCUCGACGGGCCGCCCGUCCCCCACAAGGCGCCCGGCGCUUCCCCGCUGGGACCGUGUCCGGCGGGCCGUGGGCCGCCGCCGGCGGGCGGCGAGGAGCCCCCGCCGUACCGCCCGCCCUCCGCCGCCGCCGGGCCGCCGCACGCCGCCGACCUGCACCCGCUGCUGCCCGCCGCCAACGGCGCCUCUGUCAUCCACUCGCCGCAGCAGGCGGCCCUCGCCAAGCCCAAGCUCUGGUCGUUGGCCGAGAUCGCCACCUCGGCGGACAAGGCGAAGGAGGCCGGCGGCGAGGCGGCGCCCCCCGGCCCCGCCGUGCUGGGCGGCAGCGGCCCGUCUCGCUCGCCGCCGCGGCCGCGCUCGCCCUCCGCGCAGUGCCCCUUCCCCAACGGGGCGGUCCUGCCCCGGCCGCUCUACUACACGGCGCCCUUCUACCCCGGCUACACGAACUACGGCUCCUUCGGGGCCCUGCACGGGCACCCCGCCGGCGGCCCCGCCGCCACCGCCCCCGGCGCCCACUUCAAUGGAUUAAAUCAGACUGUCCUCAGCAGAGCCGAGAGCCUGGCUAAAGACACUAAAAUGAUCAGGAGCCAGUCCCAAGUAGACCUUUGCAAAGACUCACCUUACGAACUGAAGAAAGGUAUGUCCAACAUUUAAUAUCGGCUUCUCCUCCCUAUCCCCUCCUGGGACUGUGGUUUUGUUCCUUUUUUUCCCUCCCUUUUUUUAAUUUAUUUGAGAGAAAUAAUAAAUUGCUUUGGCAGUUAUUUUUCCAGUACCAAAAGAAAAACAAAACAAACAGAAAAAGACCAGCUCCCCCCUCCCUCCCAGCCCCUCUUCAAAAGUUUAUAGAGUCUAUUUGAAAUGGCUGGUGGAAACCGCCCAGAAAUGUCUUAAGCAAGUGAAAAGCAAACGAGUGACACGCUCUCUCUCACACACACAAAGAAGAAAGAUUUGUAUUAAAUCUUAUUCUGUAUAUUUAAUGUAGCUUUUUUGUAUUUAAAUUGAUAAUACAGUAUCUUUGAAGUAAAUUAUGAAAUCAAGACAACUGUACAGGCAUUAAUGUUGUUUUCGUAAUAUAAAUAUAUACAUUUCUGUGUCUUUUUCCGAAUUGUUUCAUAGUUUUAAAAUAUAUAUAUACAAGUUUAAUUUAAUUUUUUAUGCCUAUUGUUUUUUUUUUCCUUGGGUGUGAGUUAAACUAUAAUGCAAAAACGAGACAAAAAAAGGAAAUAGGUUAUACGUAUUAGAUUAAAAAAAAACCCCAAACCUGCAGCCGCCUUUGUAAAAUGCAAAUAUUUAAUUAAAAGAGAUUUUUAACAGAAUCAAAACCACUCUCUUUUUGCAACGGGCAGAUAUGUGCAUAGCUGCGGAAAAAUAAAAGCAUGUCUUAAAAGAGACGCGGGGCUCCAUUUAGGACCUCU